AACUGUCUUUUGUGGAAAAAUAGCAAGUCGCUUAGUUGAUUUCAUCAUGAUGACCGGGCAUCAUCGAAGACCUUGGACAAUAUUAUUUAUAAUUGCAGGUUUAGUGUUUGGAGUGGCAACUAGGCGCGGAGAACGACAAAAAUAUAGGACGAUAUAUGCUUGUGAAGGAAGAGACUUGAGGAUAACGUGUGAAGAAGGACACCUAAUAAAACUAAUCCGAGCUAACUAUGGUCGUUUUAGUAUCAGCAUUUGUAACGAACAAGGGGCCUUGGAUUGGAGUGUCAAAUGCACAUCCAGAAGAUCGUAUCACGUAAUGCAGGAGAGAUGUAAUCUCGCUUCCAGCUGUGGUCUGAACAUCACCAGUGCCAUUUUUGGAGAUCCCUGUCCAGGGACCCAUAAAUACUUAGAGGUUCACUACCGUUGUGUGUUAGAAAUAACAACAUCUUCCACAACUACGAUGAGCACUACCACAACAACUACAACCACCACUAGGCCCCCUAUAAUAAUUCCUGUAACAUACAACAGUUAUAAGCCGGUGUUUCCAAAGUCUUCAAUAACUACGACAACAACGUUAAAACCGCCAACAUUGCUACCAAUUACACCUAAGUCAACCAGGAUGUCCACAUCCGUCAACCCAACACAACUGUCGCCGAUAACUGUCUCAACUCCCGGGUUUUCUCUUUCUACAAGACACCUUAUUACCACUUCAACUCACAACACAAUGGUCCAACUCUAUACAAAACCGCCACGAAUGUUUUACAACACUCAUACUUCACCAACUGGCUCAGACAGAAAAGAAUUUUGUGCUCCAACAAUUGCAAGAAAUAUUUUAUGGAACUGGACUCACCAAGGAGAAGUUGCAAUACAGCAGUGUCCAGGUGGAUCUACAGGUCGUUCAAGGUGGCAGUGUGGGUCGAACCCACCUCGGUGGGUGGGGUCUUCACCUGAUCUCAGUGACUGCCAGUCGGCGUGGGUAGAAAACCUCAAAACAAGGAUUGAUGGCGGAGGUUCGGUGGUAGGCAUAGCAGCAGAAUUGGCUGUAAUUACCAGAACUAAGCCUCUGUAUGGAGGAGACAUAACUCAAACUCUGGUCAUCCUCCAACGCCUCGUCACAAAGCUGGAAGAUCGGGUCCAAGACAUCAUGGACGACAAACAACGCUAUCAAGUGGUUAGAGAGAUGCUUCAAUCUGUACAAGAAGUUAGCAGUAACCUCUUGGAAGAGUUCCAAAAUCAGUCUUGGCUAGAUCUUCCAGUGUCCGAGCAGCGACUGGCGACUUCGGCUUUAAUCCAGAGACUGGAACAGAGCACCUGGUUACUGGCCAACUCCCAGUCAUACGGAAGACGUUUUUCCCGCGCUGAAUCCAAUAUUUUGGUCUCCGUAAGGUUAGUAGAAACUUGGGCUGUUUCCGCUGUCCGUUUCCCUGUUCCAGAAGACAUAGAAGGGACAAGAUGGUACCGAAUGGAAGACUCUCUCCUUCUUCCUGCUGCAGCUUUAUUAGGAAGUGCAAUAAAUGGGAUCGUGAAAGUAAUGUUUGUAGCCUACAAUAGAGUGGAAGAAUUCUUAUCCCUAGAGGACAAUCUUCCACUAGACCUCGAGGGCACAGCUUCUACCAGUUUAUUAAACUCGACUCAGUUGGUUAAUUCUCGAGUGAUCUCUGCAUCGGUUGAAUACUUGCGAACAUCAAAACUUCACCAGCCCGUGAGUGUGACUUUAAGACAUUUACAGGAAGAAAAUAUGAGCAGUCCUCGUUGCGUAUUCUGGGAUUUUGAUUCCAGCCAAUGGUCGACGGAAGGUUGUUGGGUGAGAAAGACCAACAUCACUCACACAGUAUGUUCUUGCAAUCACCUUACUAAUUUCGCGGUAGUGAUGGAGAUAACAGAAAAUCAGACUAAAAGGACGGAAGGUGUUGCUGUUCGUAUCGUUAUUACUGUCGGCUGUGCUUUGGCACUACUUUUCUUGUUGGUUACCUUUGUGAUUCUUCAGUUUCUAAGGAACUUGCAAGGCGUUCGAAACACAAUCCAUAAAAAUAUCUCUCUGUGUCUGUUUCUGACUGAAGUUGUCUUUGUGGGUGGAAUUGACCAGAUCACCAAUCGAAUUGUGUGUGGAAUAAUAGCAGGACUUCUACAUUAUUUCCUCCUUGUUGUUUUUGCCUGGAUGUUCCUGGAAUCAUUUCAGCUGUUUCUGAUGGUAUUAGAUGUGUUCAAGGCCGAGAAGACCCGUUGGAAGUGGUAUUAUAGUCUUGGUUAUGGCUUGCCUGCAAUCGUCGUAGGGGUCUCGGUUAUUAUUGAUCCAUACAGUUACGGUACAUUGUCUUUCUGCUGGCUGAACAUUAAGAAUUAUUACGUGUUUAGCUUCGUAGGACCGACACUGGCCUUCGUUGUGGCCUCUGUUAUCUUCUACUUUCUAAUUCUGUGCAAAGUUUGCUACAAAGCACAAAAUGCUCUUACGAUGAAGAAUAAAGAAGAAACAAGAAGAUCAAGUGUAAGGAUAUGGUGCCGAGAAGAUAUUUUGAUCCUGUUAGUCUUAAGUCUUACAUGGAGUUUAGCUUUGUGGUUUUUGUUUGAGGGCACUCCUCUGUCAGCCUAUUUGUUCACCGUCCUCAACUGUCUCCAGGGUCUGCUUGUAUUUAUCUUCUUCUGCUUAAGAGAUCCUGAGGCAAGAAAAGUAUUCUGGAAAACCCAACAUCAAAUUGACUGGCUGCCAAAAUGCUGCCGGAAACCAAAGACACACGAUAGCCAGCCAAGCCUCUAUGUCCACACGAACGGCUUAAUGUCUGCAGCCCCAGUCCCGUCCAUCAGUGGCCAUCAUAGUGUGGGUAGUCCUGUCCUUCCUACCCCUACUUCUGUUACUUCCUUGUCCUCAGGUAUACUUCCUACCUUUGCACACGUUUGUUUUGUUACUGCAUUUUGAUAC